CUUGGGAGGCCAAGGCGGAGUUUGCCCAGACGGACGUCCACCGGCAGAUCGCUAUCGUGUUCAAGACCCCGUCCUACCAGGAACAGGAUGUGGGGGAGGAAGUGGAAGUAGAUGUCCUCCUGCGUCGUCUCUCGGACCACAUGGACAGUGACCCCGUCACGUUUACCUACCAGCCCGACAACACAGAUCCAUAUGAAGUGAAGCGGAAGAGGAAGAUAAAGUCGGACAUCGGCUUCACAGAGAGGUCCUGUGUGGCAGUUCAAAAUGUGGCUGCAGCAGAAGCCUCCACCUCUCAGCCAUUCGAGCCGUUCACCUUCUCCCCAGCAGAGAGCCAGCUGCUCCCGGAAGAGUUGCAUCCUCCUGCCCAGUCUGGGGCCUCCACCAUGGGGGAGAUCCACUACAAUGACCUCCAGGAGGACAACUUCUUCUGUGAGGACAUGAGCCCAGACGACAUCAAUAUACUGUCUCGGAUUCUGUUCAGUGACCCUGGCCUCCUUGGCUUUGGCCAGGAGCUCAACUCCAACUUCACCCCAGGCGUCAUGGACAUGAACUUUAACUUCAACCAGGGUGGGUCUGGGCAGGACUUGGGCUACUAUAACGACCUGCAGUUCAACCAGCUGGUCAACGAGAAUCAAGCCUCUCCGAUGGACCUCCUCCCACUGUUACUCCGCGGCUCCGCCCCUCAGGACCAGGGCCAGUGUGAUAACGAGGGGAGUGAUUUGGCCCAGGUAAAGACAGAGGGGGACCUAUGAGGACAAAACGUAACCCCCUUAAGACUGAAUGUGGCGCGAAUGUAGCCCCUGAACUUUAAGGGUAUUUUGUUGUGUUGCUCCUCAAACCAGAAGUUUAGGGUGUGUAAAGUCCUAACUCUGCCCUGUGACAGUCAUCUCACCCAAAUAAAGUACAGUAU